UCGAUAAUAUUUGGCUACAGAGUUGAGCAGAAAAGUAAUCAGCAAGUAUAUCGGAAUAAUUUAGUUGUCGUUUCUUGUCGGGCGUGUUUAGCCGUGAAAGUUCAAAAAAUUGUUGUAAUAUUUGCGUAUAAAAUAUAAACAAUCAAUUUAUUUAUUUGUGAAACGAAAAAUGUAAACGCGAUCUAGUGCUGACACACGAAUACAUCGAAAUUAUAGCCUACCGUGCAGUUGGCAGUGCGAAAAGAUCUGCAGAACGUAGGCCAAGCCAUGUCGGUGCGCAACAGCAGCAGUGGCAGCGUUGUGGCUGCAUCCUCGUCAACGGCCGACGUGCCACGCCCGCCGCCACGUCGACGCGCCGCCUCUGUGGCAGGACAACAACAACGUCUGGACUACAGUAACGGACACACGCCACGUAGAUCGUUGGCUGUAGUGAACGACGCCGGCGAUUCGUGUCACCUGCGCAUUGUUGUGCUAAGCGGCAAAUCCUUGGCCAAAAAGGAUAUUUUUGGUGCCAGUGAUCCGUAUGUCAGAAUCGAUUUGAAUACCAUACACGGCGACAUCAACAUUGACUCAGUUUUAACUAAAACUAAAAAGAAGACACUAAAUCCAUCCUGGAAUGAAGAGUUUAUAUUUAGAGUAAAACCGUCUGAGCACAAGCUGGUUUUCCAAGUAUUUGACGAGAAUCGCUUGACACGCGAUGAUUUCCUGGGCAUGGUGGAGCUGACGCUGGUCAAUCUGCCCACGGAGCAGGAGGGCCGUACGAUUGGCUCUCAGAGCUACCCGCUGCGUCCGCGCAGCGCUAAAUCACGCAUCAAGGGCACCCUGGAGAUCUAUCAUGCCUUCAUACGCGAAACACGCGAACAGAGCGAACCGUCCAGCAACAACAGCGACGGCGAAUGGGAGCAUGUCGAGGCUACAAAUGCCGGCGAGCAAACAUCACAGCCGCAUCCAUUUCCUACUGGCGGCUCGGAUGCCCUGCCCGCUGGCUGGGAGGAGCGACAGGACGCGAAUGGACGCACAUACUAUGUGAAUCAUACAGCACGCACGACGCAAUGGGAAAGGCCAACCAUCUUGACAAGCAACAAUAGCCAAAAUGUUGAGCAGCUGGCAUCAGAUUUCCAAAGACGUUUUCACAUCAGUGUGGAUGAUACGGAGUCGGGACGUGGACCGGAUGCCAGGGAUAAUAACAAUGCCACGCCCGCAUAUAGUCCCUCAACGCCCACAACGACACCAACCACACCGACACAAAUGUCACGCAGACAGUCGCAAGUAUCAGUUAGCAACAACAACAACUACAAUUGUGAUACAAUACCUGAACAAUCUGAACUAGAGUCCAAUCAAGUGGUGGAUAACGCCAGUUUUGUUUACAAUUCACUACAACGUCGUCGCGAUGCUGGCAAUGAGAUCGAGGUCUCGUCGAGCAGCGUGCAGAACGAUCUGCGACCGGUGCGUCAAGCACCUAACGAUCUAGUCAAUAUGGCCAUAACGAAUCUAUUGACCCGGCGUGCCAAUGACAACGGUCUGGGUCGCCAGCAAUUGGACAACAGGCAGCAGAGGCGGCGCCAAGUGCAGCAGCAGCAUAGACAAUUGAGUGAAGACACCGAUCACACAGACAGCCACAAUCCCUCAGAGAUCUCAGCUUCGUCCACCCGACGCAAUUCCGAGGAAGACAACGCGGCUGUGCCCACGGAUCAAACCGCCGCCAGUGAGGAGGAAGCGCUGCCACCCCGCUGGUCCAUGCAGGUGGCACCCAAUGGACGUACCUUCUUUAUUGAUCACGAGGCGAGGCGCACCACCUGGAUAGAUCCCCGCAAUGGACGCGCCAGUCCCAUGCCAAAUCAAACGCGCCGCGUCGAAGACGAUCUUGGCCCGUUGCCCGAGGGCUGGGAAGAGCGCGUGCACACAGAUGGUCGCGUCUUCUACAUAGAUCACAAUACGCGCACCACACAGUGGGAUGAUCCACGCUUGUCAAAUCCAAAUAUCGCUGGCCAAGCGGUUCCCUAUUCGCGAGAUUACAAACAGAAAUAUGAAUAUUUCAAGAGUCAUAUUAGAAAGCCUACAAAUGUACCAAAUAAAUUUGAAAUACGCAUUCGUCGUACAUCCAUAUUGGAGGAUUCGUAUAGAAUUAUUAGUUCGGUGACAAAGACCGAUUUACUAAAGACUAAAUUAUGGGUCGAGUUUGAAGGAGAGACGGGCUUAGAUUAUGGUGGCCUUGCCAGGGAAUGGUUCUAUUUGCUAUCCAAAGAAAUGUUUAAUCCGUAUUAUGGACUCUUCGAGUACUCUGCCAUGGAUAACUACACGCUGCAAAUCAACAAUGGCAGUGGUCUGUGUAAUGAGGAGCAUUUAAGUUAUUUCAAGUUCAUUGGUCGCAUAGCUGGCAUGGCUGUGUACCAUGGCAAAUUGCUGGAUGCCUUCUUUAUACGGCCGUUCUACAAGAUGAUGCUGCAAAAGUCCAUAGAUUUGAAGGAUAUGGAAUCGGUUGACACUGAAUACUAUAACUCAUUGAUGUGGAUCAAGGAGAAUGAUCCACGCAUUCUGGAGCUCACCUUCUGCCUGGACGAAGAUGUGUUUGGCCAAAAGAGUCAGCACGAGCUCAAGGCAGGCGGCGCCAACAUUGAAGUGUCCAACGAAAAUAAAGAUGAAUACAUUAAGCUUGUCAUCGAGUGGCGCUUUGUGGCGCGUGUUAAGGAUCAAAUGACAGCAUUCUUGGAUGGCUUUGGCUCUAUCAUACCACUGAAUCUAAUCAAAAUAUUUGAUGAGCACGAACUGGAGCUGUUGAUGUGCGGCAUACAGAAUAUCGAUGUCAAGGAUUGGCGUGAGAAUACCCUGUAUAAGGGCGAUUAUCAUAUGAACCACAUCAUCAUUCAAUGGUUCUGGCGUGCCGUCUUAUCAUUCUCCAACGAAAUGCGCUCGCGUCUGUUGCAGUUCGUCACGGGCACAUCGCGUGUGCCCAUGAACGGUUUCAAGGAGCUUUACGGAUCGAAUGGUCCGCAAAUGUUUACCAUUGAGAAAUGGGGCACACCCAACAACUUUCCACGUGCGCAUACCUGCUUCAAUCGUCUGGACCUGCCACCCUACGAGGGAUACCUGCAGCUCAAAGAUAAACUGAUCAAGGCCAUUGAGGGAAGCCAAGGAUUUGCUGGAGUUGAUUAAUAACACUGGUCCUGUGUGCGACGGCGUUGGCAACGUGGCUGACACUGUUUGGUUGUGGCAAACGGUUCACCAGUUAUAUGAGGAGGAACAGCAACAACGACGACACACAACAUCACUACGACAACAAGAAGAUCAGCAACAUCAACAUCAACAUCAACGGCAGCAGCAGCAGCGACAAGGAAACCGCAUUGCGACUACUUGGAACACCACCGCCACUCACUCGUGUACUUAUUUGUUCGUUUGCUUUUGUAUUAUAAUCACUUUUGCUAGUUUA